AUAAUAUUGUAAAGUCAGGGAACGCGAAAAAAUUUGUUGUCCUUUACCUUUUCUGCUUUCAAUAAUUCAGUUGGUUACUACAAUUUUUUGUUUAGGUUUUUUAAUUGAAUGUUGAAUUCAUUGUUUGUUGAAUUCUUGUAGGAACCUGUUUUGUAAUAUUGUAAUUAAAUACAAAUUAUGUCUAUUACAACUCUGUAUUAUUUACAAUUAAGAAAAGAGAAUGCACACGAUGAUUCAAUAUGGUGUUGUGCUUGGAGCCGUAUGGAGAAAGUAAAAUCCAAAAAUAACGAAAACGAUGAAAAUCCUGAAAAUUUACAAGAAACAAACAAUUCUUCUGAAGAAUUUCAAAAUUACAUAAUCACAGGUGGAUUGGAUGAUAUUGUCAAGGUUUGGCAGUUAGAAAAUGGAAAAUUAGAAGUUAAACAUAAAUUGGAGGGACAUUCUCUUGGUAUAAUAUCUGUAGCUGUUAGUCCUGAUGGAAAAACACUAGCAAGUAGUUCCCAAGAUUCGUCAUUAAUACUCUGGGACAUUGCGACGGGUGACAAAUUGAAAACGAUGGAGUCCGGACCAACAGAUGUCUGGACAUUGGACUUUUCACCUGAUGGUAAACACGUGAUAUCUGGAAGCAAUCAUGGGAAAAUAUUGAUAUUCAGUGUGGAAACAGGGAAACAAGAACAAACAUUGGAUACUAGAGGGAAAUUUUUGCUUAGUGUUGCUUAUAGCCCCGACGGCAAGCACAUAGCAAGCGGUGCUCUAGACGGGAUCAUCAAUAUUUUCGACGUAGCGCAAGGCAAACUGGUCCACACGCUAGAAGGGCACGCGAUGCCUAUCCGAAGUCUCUGCUUCUCGCCAGACUCACAGCUAUUGUUGACGGCCUCUGAUGACGGCCAUAUGAAACUUUAUGAUGUAAUACAUGCCAACUUAGCUGGAACGUUAUCUGGACAUGCCUCAUGGGUUCUCUCAGUAGCAUUUUCCCCAGAUGGCAAGCGAUUUGUAUCGGGUAGUGCAGAUAGAACAGUCCGUGUUUGGGACCUCGAUAGCAUGCAAUGCCAGAAUGUGUUUAAAGAACAUAAUGAUCAGGUUUGGGGCGUGAAAUUCAAUGCAGAGAGUAAUAAAAUAGUAUCAGUUUCAGAAGAUAAAAGUAUAAAUAUAUAUGACUGCCCAUUAUAAUUUGUAAUUAUUUAUUAAAUAAAUGAAAACUAA